AAAGUAGAAAAUAAAUUUUCAAGUGAAAAAGAUUUUCUUUAACCUUUUUAUAUACAAAUAAAAUAAAAUGCCUGUCGGAGGCAGAGCGAUUGGAAAAACUGGGUUUUCAAGUGGGCUUUCAGCAAGUGGUCGAUCGUAUAACGACAUUAAUGAAGAAAUUUAUUAUUUAUCAAUUUUCAUGGCAACACUUAUUGCCAUCUUAAUCUCGAUUGCAUUAUUAUACAUCCUAUUUGAAAAGUGUCAGAAAAAGCAAAAGCACUUCAUCACAGCUUAGUUGUUUUGUGAUUUUCAACACAAAUUUUAGAUGACUCUGUGUCGCUCUUAUGAUAAUUAUAUGAGCACAUACAUAGAUAAAUAACAUUUCAAGCAGGAUCCAAAAAUAAUUACGAAUAAAUUGUAGGAGAUUUAGAAAUUCAUAAAAUAACUACGCAUCGAUAACAAAACAAGACAUUCCAAUAGACUUAAAAUAUAAAAAGCCAUCGAAAGUUCAAAUCACAACGUGACGAAUGAAGAAUAUGAUAAGAAAACGCAGCUUGUAAAAUUUUAAAGUGCCAUUUUAAAAUCUACUCCAUACACUCUUUCUCACUACAGGAUACGAAUACGUUAUGGAAAUUGAACUUCGUCUACAAGAGCGUUGUGAGGAAAUUAACAUGCUCAUCAAAAUUUUAUUUUCAGAAACUCAA